AUGGCUGACAACAUUGAUACAAAGCUGGACGACGAAAUCGACCUUUUCGUCCUCACCACUGCUCCCUCUACCACAUCGACCGCGCAGGACAGUGGCAGCCUAACUGAAGCGUCUCCGUCACAGGCAAGGUCCACGGCGACGGACACAUCAGCCAAUAUCGCAGAGCUAGCCUCCAGCAUGCAGAUCGGCGACGAGGUGCUCACAACAAUCGACAAGAUCAUCACUAAUCUUUACAAAGCCCACCCAUCGACUGCCGCCGGAUAUGCCGCCGUGCAAACGUGUGGCCAGGACUUGAUCAUCGUCAUGCGCAGCUUUGCCGUUAUCAUGCAGAUGCUUCCGGUGGACGAGGUGCACAAAACAAUUGGUGCCAUCACAAAAACAAUUGUCGCUUCCUAUCACCAGUGGGCGGAGACGCGCAUCCAACUGAGCGACAUUGCACCUUACGAACGGAUCAUUAGCAUGCUGAACGUCUGGCUUUUGCAGGUUGUGAACCAUAUCGUUGCCAGUUCGCCCACGCUGUCUGGCUGGUCCGGGGAAAGGUCUUCAGUAGAUAACAUGGGCAUUGUGUACGAAGCCGAGUCUUGUCUUCUUACGGUUCGUUCGCACGAGAGUUCUCGCGUCAGCCAAGUGUGGGCCGCGGCAAUAGAUGCCUUGCUUCCCAAAUUUGUCCGCUUGUGUACGGAGCCGUGGUUUUGGCCGGGGAGACUUGGGAGCUUGGUAACGGCCUAUUCCUCUUACGUGACAGCAAAGUUGGCCAAGCUGAAGCCGACCAUUGUCACGAAGGAGACGGACAUGCACAAGCCGUCGUCCGACUGGGCAUUGUUCGUUGCUAACCGGUACGCGAAGAGACCGGCGAAUGAGCCGGCGACCAUGUCCGUGACGCAGCUAAAGCCGGCGACCAAGCCUAAACCAGCGGCCAAGAGCACACCCAAUGUGAAAGACGAUGACGAUGAUUUGUGUUUGUUGAUGUAA